AUCAUGACAUGUCGGGCCUUUGGUAUGUGAUCUUAAUUAAAGGACAAUUAAGACAUAUUCUUUGUUGAUUUCAAGGUUCAUUAUAAGUGGAAUAUACAAAUCAUUAUAACAAAAAAAUUUUUAAUUUAGAUGCAGAUACCAGUGAGACAUUGACACCUGUUCUAGCAGUGUCGGAAGAAAACACACUAGCAAAAUCAAACAGCAAUGUGGGUACAAAACAGAAAGGAAAAAGAAAAAGGACAGAAAAGGAGAUGGAGGAGAUGAAAAGAAAACGAGAGGAAAAUAAAGUUCAAAAGGAAUUAGAAUCUUCUGCACAGAAGGCAGCAUCAGAAAAUAUCUUGGAGUUGAGAAAGAUCAGUAGGUGUAAGUCUAAAAAUGAAACUGAAACAAGUUCGACUUCAAGUGCACAAACUACUGGGACCAGCAAUCUGUCAUCAAAUGAAAUUUUGACCCCAUUGUCAACAUACACAGAUGGAACAUGUUUUCCCCAAAGCACCAGCUUAAGCAUGAGCAAUAUUGCAACACCCAUUGCAAGUUUAACAAUGUCACCAUGCAAAGGUACCAUUAGGCACCAUGAGUCUGUCUCACUUAAUCUUAGGCCAUCUUUUCAGUUAUUAAUAAUGAAUGCUUUUUCUGUUUGCAAAGAAGCAAGUUUUUCAUCUUCCACCGGCUCAAGCACAAGCAUUGCGACAUUUACACCCAGUGCAAGUUUGACCCCAUUGUCAACAUACACAGAUGGAACAUGUUUUCUCCGAAGCACCAGCUUAAGUACAAGCAAUAUUGCAACACCCAUUGCAAGUUUUACAAUGUCACCAUACAAAGAUGAAACAGGUUUUUCAUCUUCCACCGGCUCAAGCACAAGCAUUGCGACAUUUACACCCAGUGCAAGUUUGACCCCGUUGUCAACAUACACAGAUGGAACAUGUUUUCCCCGAAGCACCAGCUUAAGCACGAGCAAUAUUGCAACACCCAUUGCAAGUUUAACAAUGUCACCAUACAAAGAGGAAGCAAGUUUUUUAUCUUCCACUGGCUCAAGCACAAGCAUUGCGACAUUUACACCCAGUGCAAGUUUGACCCCGUUGUCAACAUACACAGAUGGAACAUGUUUUCCCCGAAGCACUAGCUUUAACACGAGCAAUAUUGCAACACCCAUUGCAAGUUUAACAAUGUCACCAUGCAAAGAGGAAGCAAGUUUUUUAUCCUCCACCGGCUCAAGCACAAGCAUUGCGACAUUUACACCCAGUGCAAGUUUGACCCCAUUGUCAACAUACACAGAUGAAACAUUCCCUACCAUGAGUAGGCCAGGGAUGAAAGGCAGUGUGCAAGAGUCGUACUUAGAAAAACAUAGUAAAGGCAAUGAAAAGAACCAUGAAGAGGAGACCUCAAGUCCAUAUGGACUUAACAUGGAGGAGCUGAAAUCAAAUCUCAAAUUAAAAAAGAACUGCAGUGAAGGAAUUAACUAUUUGCUGUUGAAGUUCUUCUCCAUUGAGGAACUCACGACUUCAAGUGUAAUGGGUGUCAGCACCAAGAAAGGACAAAAGAAAGGUCUUAAUGAAGAUAAAAGGAGUUUGAUUGAAGGUUUGAUAGCAGAAAGUUUUCAAGGCGUUACUGUGACAGCGAUACAUAACAUUAUGAGAGACAGGUUAAAGUUGCUAAGAAAGAGGCACUUGAUACAGGAAUAA